AUGUUCAAGAACUACAACAUAGUCGGAAACAAUGAAAUGAUAGCGUUUGGAAUGAUGAACAUCGUUGGUUCCCUCACAUCUUGUUACCUCAUAACUGGACCGUUUUCGAGAUCGGCGGUGAACUUCAACGCGGGUUGCAAGACCAUCGUGUCGAACAUAGUGAUGGCAAUUGCGGUUAUGUUCACACUGCUCUUCCUCACGCCUCUUUUCUACUACACACCACUCGUCGUCCUCUCCUCCAUCAUCAUGGUUGCAAUGCGGGUUGGGGGUGGCUAUAUCAAUAGCAAGGUUGUUGCUAUUCGUGUCAAGGCCGAGGACUGCAGUUAUCCUUACUCAAGAACCGUUCCUGGUCUUCUCAUCUUGGAGAUUGACGCUCCCAUCUACUUUGCCAAUGCUGGUUACUUGCGUGAGAGAAUCACAAGUUGGAUCGAUGAAGAGGAAGAGAGGGUCAAAACAUCAGGAGAAAACAGUUUACAAUAUGUUAUACUCGAUAUGUCGGCUGGUGGUAAUAUCGACACGAGUGGUAUAAGCAUGAUGGAGGAAAUUAAGAAAAUCAUGGAUAGAAGAAAGUUAAAGUUAGUAUUGGUAAAUCCAAAAGGAGAGGUCGUGAAGAAACUAACAAGAUCCAAAUUCAUCGGUGAUAAUUUGGACAAAGAAUGGAUGUUCAUGACGGUUGGAGAAGCCGUAGAGGCUUGUAGCUACGUGCUUCACACGUUAAGAACUGUACCAGCCUCCAAAGACUCUAAUAACGUCUAG